CAAAUACCAAAGAUCAUCACACUGCACAUUAUUUUUCUAGAGCUCUUAAAAGAAUUAACAAAGAUGGAAAUUAAAGGCUAUAUUGUGGCUUUAAUAAUGGCAAUGGCGAUGAUGGAAUUGGCGUCUUUAACACUGGCAACCAGUAGGAGAAGUAUGCUCACCAAUGGCAUUGGAUUGACUCCUCCCAUGGGGUGGAACAGUUGGAAUCAUUUCGGAUGCGAUAUUGAUGAAAAGAUGGUAAAAGAAACCGCUGAUGCUCUAGUUUCAACUGGUCUUUCCAAGCUUGGAUAUGUAUAUGUUAAUAUAGAUGAUUGCUGGGCUGAAAUUGCUCGUGAUGACAAGGGCAAUAUAAUGCCUAAGAACUCGACAUUUCCAUCUGGGAUAAAAGCUUUGGCAGAUUAUGCUCAUAGCAAGGGUCUUAAGCUAGGAAUCUAUGGAGAUGCAGGGUAUUAUACUUGUAGUAAGACAAUGCCUGGUUCACUCGGUUUAGAAGAACAGGAUGCUAAAACCUUUGCUUCCUGGGGUAUUGAUUAUUUGAAGUAUGAUAACUGUCACCAUGAUGGAUCAAAGCCAAUUGAAAGAUAUCCUGUUAUGUCUAAAGCUUUGAAGAAGGCUGGCCGCCCCAUAUUCUUUUCUCUGUGUGAAUGGGGAGAAAUGCACCCUGCUGAAUGGGGUUUCCAUGUAGGAAAUAGCUGGAGGACAACUUGUGACAUAACUGAUACAUGGGAAAGUAUGAUUUCGAGAGCUGAUCAAAAUGAAUUGUAUGCUCAAUAUGCAAGGCCCGGUGGUUGGAAUGAUCCGGACAUGCUUGAGAUCGGGAAUGGAGGGAUGACGAAAGAUGAAUAUAUAGUACAUUUCAGCUUAUGGGCUAUUUCCAAGGCUCCUCUUCUUCUCGGCUGCGACAUAAGGAAUAUGACACAAGAGACUAUAGAGAUCAUUUCAAACAAAGAGGUCAUUGCUGUUAACCAAGAUUCUUAUGGUAUUCAAGCUAGGAAGGCUAGGAUGCACGGUGAUGAAGAGACUUGGGUUGCGCCACUUUCCAGCUAUAGGACAGCAGUUGUCAUUCUCAAUAGGGGUUCAGUUCGCUAUUCUGUAACCGCGUUCUGGGAGGAUAUGGGACUAGACCCCAACAUUGUAGUUGAAGCUAGGGACCUUUGGGAGCAUAAAACACUGAAGAACCGAUUUGUGGGCAAUAUUACAAUAAUGUUGAACCCUCAUUCAUGCAAAAUGUAUGUGUUGAAACCAAUUUCUUGA